AUGUACAAGUUUCAUGCGCAAACCAUCUGUGCGAGGGUGCCGUAUCCGGCUCCGAUCCUGGUGCGCCGCUUCUGGAACAACGAGGAAGUGCCUGAGGGUUAA